GGUUUCAAGACGUUAUAUGGAGCCUCCAGCGACUUUCUGGAAAUUCUAGGUUUCCAAAAAACGUCAAAAAAUCUUUCCAUACAUCAACACUAGCACGUAGUUCGCUAUUGGUGCUCAUAUUUGUGACCUAAUUUUUCCAAAAUCGUUCAAAAAUCGAGUGUACGAGUAAACUGCUAAAAUACAAUUCUGAACUGGAGUACUUACACAGAUUUUGGAAAAACUGUACGCGCUAAAGUUGAUAUGGACAAUUUAAAAUUUCAAUGACGUCUUUUAGAAAACUAAAAUUUCCAGAAAAUAGUUGGAAGCUCCAAAACGACUUGAUUCAGCGAGUUAAACUUGAGGUGCAGAGUGAAUUUUGGCUUUCCAACCUUAUUCGGUGACGUUUUGUGCCAAAAAAAGAGCAUAUCUCAAAUUUCAGCUUCCUGCGUCGAUUUCGUGAAAUUUUGAUUUUUUUCUUAGGGCAAAAAUUCACAAAAAUUAACCAAACAGAAACGCCCCAUUUCAUGAAUAGAUAAUUCAAACUCAUCGAAACUGACAGUGGAUGAAGCGUACCAGAGAUCCAGUAUUACCUUGCUUCACCUCUGCCCUCUUCCUACUCUCGCUUCAUCGUUCUAUUCUACUUUUUACUUAACAAAGAUCCUGACAACCACCCUUAUUUGCAACCCCCACUCAUCCAAUUUCGCAUUCACAAAUCUUUCUCCUCGUUUAUUCUUUCUCUCGCAAAAUGUAUCUCAUCUACUGGUUAAUGUGUUCUGCGUUAGCCCUAUGUUAAUAAUAGUGUUUUGAGUUGUUCCUGUUGAAUAUUCUUACAGAUACUUUUUUAAGAAGUCACGAAUAUGGCUCAAAUUCAAAAUAUAUAUGAUGUACUGCUACAGCCCCACCAAGAUGAAAUAAACGAAAUUAACGAAUGCAUUGGAGUCUGGUUUGCCCUCAUAAUUGUGGCACACAUAUGCGCCAUCAUAAUCAAGUACUACAAUAAUAUUUUUUCCAAUGAAAUGGCUUAUGUUAAGUACUUGUAUGCAGAUGAGAAAGAUCAUGCAGAUGCAGCAUCCAGUGGUAUAAAUGUACUCGUCGUAGUAGUGGGAAAACUGCAGCUUGAACUAGAAACAGCUUUCUUGGUAUACGCAGUCUCCAUUGUAUGGUUCGAAAAAUCCAGAUCCGCGAAGAUGAUUUUAUUUAAAAUCACAGUUUUUGGAGUAAUUUUUUUGUCAUCUUUUUCCGAAGUUGUGAUUAUGUUAUCACUAGUUUCCAGUGAAAGGAGGAUUUCUUUGGCAGAUAUUUUCCUGGCUGAGAAAUAUGGUGCUUCAUUUUGUAGACGAUCGAAUGAUAGUAUAUUAUUCGAGAGUUAUUUAGGGCUCAAAUCGAUGGUGUUCUUUUCUGCAGGCUCCGUCGUAUGGGUUGAGCUCCGGUGGUGGAUAUAUGUUAUACGUAAUGCUCCUGGAUGGUACAGAUGGCAAGCAACUUUCGCACCUGCUUUGGCAGCAUAGAGUUUUUCCAUAGGUAAUAGAAAUUCGCGUGAAGGAAAGCCAGAUAUAGUGAAACCACUGCAAAAAUACUACAAAAAAAUCGCUCGAUUCGAUUUUUGAUAUUCUUUUACGCGAAGCAUGAUUGCGAAAGUCACAAUUUUAGAUAUUUUUAAUUUUCAUGAUAAAGCAAUAAUUUUGAUGUCCAAGAUGUUACUUUCUUUUAUUAGGUAGUCAGAUUUUUUUAUGAAAUUUUUUUCAUGUGUAUGUAUUUUUUGCCUACGGUUCCUACUCAAUUUUUCAUUUUUGUAUUUUUGUUCAUCAAGGUAUGUAGGUGUUAUUUUUUACUUUUUGUGCAUUUUAUAUGUACCUACUCUUGGGCUGAAAAUUAAAAUUUUUUAUGUUUAGGAAAUGGUUGUAUGGUUUUAUUUUUUUCUCGGCAUACAUAUUAUCUUGUUAUGAAAAAUUAGCUGGCAGGUGACCUGUGACAAGAGUUUUUCAAGAUCAUCGUUACAACCUAUCGACUAUCCCACACCCCACUUCCCGAAACAAUUGCUAAUAUUUUUGUGUUGCAGUUGCCCACGGCUUAUGUGGCGUGUUUUUAUUAAUGAACGGAUUGGAAUACUGCGAGGACUGGAUAAAUGAUCUACACAUUGAUCCUAGAGAAUACGAACACUUAGUAGCCAUGGAUGAACGAGCUAGACUAGAAGCUUUGGCAUUACGAGUUCCAGUUCCGAGAAGGCGAAGACAACAAACAGCUUUGGCAGCUUAGAUUUUUCUGACGAACUGAUAAAAACUGACUUGAAUAAGUAUCACAAGGAGUACCAACAAAAGUACUAAAAAGUUCAGCUACACCACCGCAUCAAAAUACGAGUAUAUUUCAUUAGAACAAUUUGCAAACAUACCAAAAAAAAACACACUGGUUUCAUGAUUUCAUCAUUCGGUUAAUUUUUGAUAUGUUUGUGUGAAACAUGAUUGCAAAAUUCGUAAUUUCAGGACUCUUAUAAUUGAAUGGAUUAAAUGUUCGAGAUGUUCUUUUCCAUUUUUCAUAAAACGUGUUUUAUGUGUAUUUUUUUAAAACUAUAAUAUUUACACUUUUAUAUUGUUUUUUCAAUUUUUUUUCACAUUUUAUACUUUUUAUA